GCGGGAGGUAAAACGCUGCUCACUGUGGAAGGCGCCGUUCAGAGUGUACUUUUCUUUCACGGACGGUAGUUGUGUGUAGACAGCAAGUAGCGCCAGCGAGUUGAAGCAGUGUUUGGCCAUAGUUUGACAGCCGAUUUUUAGCGACCGACCCCGUACACGUAGUUCUGUGUGUGUGCGCGUGCGUUUUUGCAAGUGCCGUGUGGUGUGUACCUUUUGUUGUGUGUCAGCAGUGACGACACACGGCAUUGUUUUGGAGCAGAGGGAAGUCACACCUUUUCUGAAACGGAGCUAAACCUAGCCUGUGUGUGUAUUGUUUGUGUGCGGAUAAGGCCGAGUGACGUCUAGUGUGCGUGUGUGAAAGAAAACUCCACCAGCGAGAGAAGAAGCAGAAGAGAGAACCGGCAAAGCAAACUUCUUCCCAAUUGAAUAGCCGCAGAAACGUGUUAAAAUGGCUUCCGGAGUAACUGUAUCGGACGUGUGCAAGACCACCUACGAGGAAAUUAAGAAAGAUAAGAAGCACCGCUACGUGAUCUUCUACAUUCGCGACGAGAAACAGAUCGAUGUUGAGGUGAUCGGCGACCGUAACGCGGAAUACGACAGCUUCCUGGAGGACAUACAGAAAGGCGGCCCCGGUGAAUGCCGAUAUGGACUGUUUGACUUUGAAUACAUGCACCAGUGUCAGGGAACGUCAGAGAGCUCGAAGAAGCAGAAGCUGUUCCUGAUGUCCUGGUGCCCAGACACUGCCAAGGUCAAGAAGAAGAUGUUGUACUCGAGCUCGUUCGACGCACUGAAGAAGUCGCUCGUCGGCGUCCAGAAAUACAUUCAGGCUACUGACCUUUCCGAGGCCUCGCGGGAAGCGGUCGAGGAGAAGCUGCGCGCCACUGAUCGUCAGUAAGAGUAGAGGGAGUGUGAGAGGGAGAGGGAACAACAAUAACAACACUACACAAACACAGUAGACAGGUUACUACUUAAGGAAGAGACGCGCACACCACACCACAGCGAAGAGGAGGAGACGAAAAGCAGAUGAAGGGCAUAUUAUAUACACUUACACAAACGACAACAACAACACCAGCACCACCACCACCAUCAUACAUCAAAAUCUUGCAUAGGGAAGAAGGAGAUAAAGGAAAGGAAAAAGAAGAAGAAGAAGACGAAGCAGCAGUAUGUACUAAGACAGUUUGUGAAAGUAGGAAAAGGUGAAAUGAUUAUGCAACGACAAGCAGCGCGCGUGGUUAAGAAUAAAAAGAGAAAUUACUGAAAUCAACAGAACAAA